AUGAAGAAAAACAAUAAUAAUAACACAUUUGCCAGUUAUUGCAAAGUCUUUAUUUCCACCCUUUUAAUAUGGACAUUACAACAUAAGAAUAACUAUGAAGAAUCAUUUGGAAAAUAUGCCAUUCACAACAACUUAUUGAGUGUAAGAAAUAGUAGAUUAUUAAAAGGACAAACAAAAAUAUAUGCGAACAAUCCACAGCAAGAAGCUUUAUUUUUAAAAGAAGAAUCAAUGAAUUCAUUAAGUGAUGAAGAUAUUGUCUUAAAAAACAGAAUAAAUAAUUUAAUUAAUAACAGCUCAUUUAAAAGUGGAUAUGAUUCAUUAAUGCUAGAUAACUCUUCCCAGAAACAAUUUAAUGAAAUUAUGAAAAAAGAAAAUUCAAAAAAAAACGAUGAUGGAAUAAAAGAUUUAAACCUUAACGAAUUUUAUGAAUCAAUAGAAAGUAUUAAUGAUUUAAAAAAAAAUAACAAAAAAAAUAAAAAAGUAUCACAUGUAGCAAAAAAUAAAAAUAACGAUGAUGUAAAUGGAUCAGAAGCUCUUCAAAAAAUGGUUCAACAAGCUCUUCAACAGGAAAAACCUAAAAAAGGGUUUAUGAAAACGUUAUAUGACUUAGACAAAAAAUUUGAAGUUGAAAUGUUACGUGCAAUGAAAAAUAAUACAUCAAAUACAGGUUUUCAUGAAUGUAGAUUUAAAACUGGGUACGAAAAAUUUUUAGUUGCUUUGAACAGAGCUAAAAUAUUUAUACCACCAACUGUAAACAUGAUAAUUUUGAUGGGCAUGAUGACAGUAGUUACAAAAGUUGGACCAAUUUUUGGUUUUUUCGCUUUUACACUUGCUGCAAUGAUGAUAUACUAUAUAUACAAAUUUUGUAAGAUGAAGAAGGUGCAUAGAGAUUACAAAUUAAUGAACAUAAGCAAAAACAGUAAAGCAAAAGCAUUAAAACAAAAACUUCACCGAAAAAAAAAUAUAUAA